UUUUGUUAUACUGUUUCCCAUCUAGCUACUGUAAUUAUUACGUUUAUAAAUACAAAGGAUCUACUGACCCACUGCUGAAUUUUUGAACAAUAGCAUUACUCGUUUUCGUAGAGAUUAUCAUAUUAUUUGUUCCUGUUCGUUUGUCGUUCAUUUUUUGCGUGUCUGUAAUUUCUGUCUCUUCAUAAUUUACAUACCUACAUACUUACUUCGAGAAAUUGUUUUCGACGACGUGAAUUCAACUGGUUGAUUUCGAUCUCAUGAACAGUAUCCAGGUACAUUCAGUCAUCUAAUUGAAAAUAGUAUCUACAUCAAAACUACCAUGCAAAACGUUAUCAAUAGCGUGAAAGGCACUGCGUUAGGUUUUGCUGGAUUUUUGACUCCAGUUUUAAAGGAAUCAAAAUUUAAAGAAACUGGCGUAGUGACACCAAAUGAGUUUGUUAUUGCUGGUGACCACUUGGUUCAUACAUGUCCAACAUGGGAAUGGGCUUGUGGUGACGAGUGCAAGACUAAAUCUUAUUUACCCAAAAACAAACAAUAUUUAAUUACUAGAAAUGUUCCAUGUGCACGCCGAUGUAAACAAAUUGAAAACUGUGAAGUUCAAGAAAAUAUUGUGGAAUCUGAAGAUGGAACUGAAGGAUGGGUUGAGACUUAUCAUUUUGAUUCUGCUCUCUCACCUUUGAGUGAAAAAGUAUCUGGGAUAUCAUUAGAAGGAAACCUGAACAGUUUAAAUGUUACAAGUCUUAACGGGGAUAAUCAUGUUUUAAAUAGUGCAACCAAUGAAAACUCAAAUGUAAUUAAUGAUUGUGCCAAUUAUGACAAUGAUGAUAACGACGACGAUGAGGAAGAAGGUGAUGCUGUAGAUAUGGAUGCAUUUGUAGAAAGUGGUUUGCUUGAAGAUGAUUCGGUGACUAUUUAUCCGGAACACACAAAAGAAAAAAAGUUAUCAAGCUCAUCUGUUGAUGAAAUAUUAAAAACCCGAACAUACGAUUUACAUAUUACUUAUGACAAAUUCUACCAAACUCCAAGACUGUGGCUUUAUGGUUAUAAUGAAAAUCAAGGACCAUUAAGUGUUGAAGAAAUGUAUGAAGAUGUAAGUCAAGAUUAUGCAAAGAAAACUGUUACCAUGGAAUCUCACCCACAUGUUCCAGGUCCUUCUAUGGCUUCAAUACAUCCUUGCAAGCAUGCUGAUAUUAUGAAAAAGCUAAUCCAAAUGGUGACCGACGGUGGGAGAGAUUUAGGAGUGCACAUGUACUUAAUUAUAUUUUUGAAAUUUGUUCAAUCAGUCAUUCCAACUAUAGAUUAUGAUUACACUCAAAAUAUUAAUUUAUAGUAGGAGUUGAGUUGUUCAAUUGAGAUGAUGCUACCCAUUUGUUUUUGUUGUCUCUGUCUUACCUACUCACAACAUAGCAAAUUUUCGUUCACUAGUUUGAAGAGUGUGCCAUUAGUUUUUAUAUUAGAAUGAAUUUAAGUAUCAUCAAACUUUCAUGUUAGAACAUUAUCUAUGCUUAAACGUUUCCGGAUUGUUGGAUAUUUUAAUUUUCAUGCGAGAUAUAAGCAUUUUUUAAUUGUGUUAUUUCAC